CGCAUAUUUUGAAACAAACAGAAAAAUUUGAGCAGAUUCAAUCGAUUAUUUGAACCGGCGCAAGACAACGCCUCAAGAUGUCAAUGACACCUAAGGACGCCGCCAAGCGACCAAACUCUCGUUCACGAACAUCCAGACCUACGACUCCUCUCCGACCCUCGUCGCGAUCUUCUUUUCGCGAUUCUGCGCGUAGUGCUAGACACCAUGAUGCACCAUUUCCCCUGAACGCAUUCGAGCCAGCCUUUGCCGAGCUUUCAGAUGCCAUGGCUGACCUUGAAACGAAUAUGAUGCACUUUCAGCUCAUGCACGAGAGUCUGGCGAGAUUUAGCGAGUCGUUCGCAAGCUUCCUUUAUGGAUUGAAUAUGAAUGCUUUCUGUGUCGAUUUUCCCGAGGGGCCGGUUCCUGAAUCCUUCCGUCGAGAUAGAACCCGACAAGAGCAACCAGCCGUGACCCCAUCGAAAUCCGAGGCUGAUGCAGAGAUGACAUUCAUGACCACGGAUGGAUCGUUUGUCGAGAAUCCACCAACGACUACCAAGACAUCCAAGUUCACCACGCCAGAGCCUCCAAAACGACAAUCACGUCUACCUGCAGCUCCAGGUCGAGGAACAACGGCGCGGGGUAGAUCAACACGGGGAGUCGGACGAGGCCGGCCCAGUGGGCUUGCCAGGGCGCGCGGUCGAGGUGUGCGAUGAAUAUGAUAUGGUAGUCAACAGAAAUAAACCGAAACGCCGUUUACGAUGCCAAGAAGAUCAACCCUAGCUCCGAUACGCCCCCAAAAGCACCAAUCGCCUUUUCAAUUCUCUAUGAAAGACAUCGAGAUCGUGCACGUUCAAGCAUCCAUGGCAAUGUCGUUGUCUCCGUCGGCAAAUGUGCGUUUCUGGUCGCCAUUGUCUGUCCGCAAGCCGACAGCGGCCUCGGCCUCUUCCUGAGUGUAAGGUCCUUCGGCGAUCUGCUUGACCCUGCAGAAGAGUUAGUUUACGUACAAAAGACCAGAAUAUAUACUCAUUGUUAUUAG